AUUCACGUUAGCAAGUUUGACAAAACCACCAGCUUAGAAACGGCGGAGCAUGUGGGCCUUCGCCAAAUCGCGGGAUUUUUCGGACAUUUGUACGACCUGCUCGAGGACGACGGUGUUCUCUACCUACAGGUUGCCGGGUUGAGAUGGGCGUGGCAGUAUGGCCAACCGAUAUUCGGGAUUAUGGUUCCGUAUUCCUCGGGUUUCACGAUAUUCUACGACCUCCCACAACGCUCGCCAAUUAUGUGGGUGAUGAGUUUGGGCUCAUCAAAGAGACACUGCAGCAUAGAUACUGUGGGUUUCCACUAUUCAGCAGCCAUCUGGCGAUGGUACAGUACCUGGUUGGGUAGCGCCGACAAGGUGAGGGCCAAGUACGGUGACAGGUGGAACAGGGAAUACUUCCUAGCGUAUGGCAUGAUCGCAUCUCGCCAGGCUACUGCGACCUGUUACCAUAUGAUAUUGGUCAAAAACAUCCACGGCACUCAUUGAGUCGAGGCUAUUCGAACUCAAUUUGGCCUUUCUGAUGCAUUGGAGGCCAGCAGGGCAGUUAGCAAGGCGAUGUUGCCCAGCAAGUGCUACAAUGCUGUGUUUAGGGUAGUUGUAGGACCUCGUACCCAACUGCUAAUAAGUCUACCAUCCCAUCCGUGGCCACCCUACGGCCCAUACUAAAAUUGCUAAAUUCACCAUACUUCAACAUCACG